UUCAUGUAUGAAAUACAAUACUGAUUAGACUUUAGAACCGUUUCUUAAGUUAAAGGUAUCUCUAAUCGCUGCAGUUACAUGUAAUGUAUAUCUAAAGGUCAAAUAUUCAUUUUGUUUAACUGCUAUAUCUAUAACUCACACAGUAUCACAGCUGCAAUAUUGUUAGAUUCUUUAAACAGAAGAAAAAUGAAAAAUAAAGUCAUUUAUGAGAAACUUCUGGAAUUAUUUCAGGAACGAAUUCACGGAAUAAAAGACAGCAAUGAAGAUGAGCAAUGGUCAUUUUCUGUCUAUUGGUUUACAAGAAUUCUAUACAAGACUGGUUGUUUUUUGUGCUACGUUAUUGUUUUAAUAAGCCACUGGGGUAAAGGAAAACCUGUCCCUGCGAUCAAAAAUGAUUUAUUACUGUUAUCGGCUACAAAGGUGGCUGAGAAAAUCCGCAGUGGAAAACUUACGAGUGAAGAAGUUGUCAAUGCUUAUAUUGAAAGAAUAAAGGAAGUUAAUCCAUACAUCAAUGCUGUGGCGGAAAGUCGAUUUGAAGAAGCUGUUAAAGAGGCGAAAGAGUGCGAUUAUCUUGUGAGAUCUGGAAUUUAUACAAAAGAGUGGUUGGAAAAAGAAAAACCACUCCUUGGCGUUCCAGUUACAGUUAAAGUUCUUUUUAAUGUUAAAGGAUGCCAUAGUACUGGAGCUUUGACUUUAUUUAAAGAUAUUGCAGCUACUGAAGAUGCACCCGCAGUAGAAUUAUUGAAAUCAUCUGGAGCAAUAAUAUUAGCUACCACUAACUCAGCUGAAAGUGGAUUAGGAUUGGAUACAAUAAAUAUUCUCUACGGAAAGACUCUGAAUCCUUAUGACUGUAAUAGAACACCUGGUGGGAGUUCGGGAGGCGAAAGUGCUCUCAUAAGUUCCGCUGGUUCAGUGAUUGGACUAGGAAAUGAUUUAAUAGGAAGUGUACGAAUUCCUGCAUGUUUCACAGGGUUGUUUGCUCAUAAGCCAUCUAGAGGUUUGGUCCCAAAUAAAGGGUGUUUCAUUCAAGCAGAAAGUGUUUUGCCAUACCUUGCAAGUGGUCCAUUGUGCAGGUAUGCUGAAGAUCUUGCAACUAUGAUGGAAGUUCUCACAUCAAAGAAUAAUGAAAGAAUGAAAUUUAAUAAACCUGUGAAUUUCAAGAAGUUGAAGAUUUAUUAUCAAACCAAAGUUCAUCAUCCAAUGGUUGAAACUUUAGAUAAAGAAAUUUUGAAAUCCAUGAUGACGGCAAUCCAUCAUUUUGUACAAAUCUAUGGUGCGACAGCAGAAGAAGUUAAUAUAAAAAUGAACCUUGCACCCAAUAUGGUCCAUCAUUCCUUAGUUAAAAGUUCCGAACCUACUGUUUUUAAUUCUACUGCUGGGAAGAUGAGUGAAGUCAACGUACCUUUAGAGUUUCUAAAACUUCUUUUUGGAAAAUCAAACUUCUCUCUUUGGAUUUUACUUGGUUUUGCAUUUCUGCGUAAUCCAUUGUUAUACAAAGAAGAAAAUAUCCCUUUCUAUACUAAAUACCAGAAUAAUAUGUACAAAGAGUUCGACAGUAUGUUGGAUGAAAACUCUGUUUUUAUAUGUCCGACUAUUUUCUUCUCAGCACCUCGUCCUUACCAAAUGAUACCGUAUCUCUAUAGUACAGUAUGGUCAGCUAUAUUCUCCAUACUUGGCUUUCCUGUAACUCAGGUCCCAAUAGGAUCAAAUCGAUCUGGAAUGCCUUAUGGUAUGCAGAUAGUAACUGCUAUGAACAACGAUAAUUUGAGUUUAACUUGCGCAAAAGAACUUAGUAAGUUAUUUGGAGGUUGGAUUCCACCAAGUUGAUUAUGCUUUACAAGAAAUUUGUUCCAUCUAUUUCUUAAACAUUUUAUGUAUCUGUUUAAGAAGGAAUCUUGCUAGCUUUAGACACGUGGAGAGACAGGAGAGCAGUUUCCACACUUCUGGAAAGGUUUCUUAAGAUAAUACAAUGGAUUACUAGUCAUUUUUUGACUGAUUUUUUUUAUUGUUAACUGUUAACCAAGCUUAUAGCAAAAUGUGAAUAUUCACCACAGCUUUUUUCCAAAUCUGUUCAAGCACUGGUUUUGUGGUUUGCUGCAAAAACAAGCAGAGAUCACUACGCAACAAAACCACUUGAUCCUCUUUCCAGGCAUCGAGUGUCAAAACAGUGUUCAGACAAAUAUUAACAGCGAGAGUGAGUCAGUUAACAGGCUCCAUCUAUCAUGUGUCAUUCAUUAUACAUUAUCAGAUUUCAAAAUACAAAAAGUAUUUAAUGCAUAAAAAAACUAUUUGUGAUAAAUUAUAAUUUUCAAAAAUAUAUUAAAUACUUUCAAUGCUCUGUUUAUUACAUCAAUGUAGUUUUGGCAAAAUUUAUAGCCUAAAAUAAUUUUUCAAAAAUUUUUAUAAACUGUUAAUGAAUCUAACUAAGUAGACGCUCUGACAAUAGUAUAGUUUGCUUAAACGAGAUGUAAAAUAUGUUAAACAGUACACCUUAUUUUUGCAAAAUUUGCAUACGUACAAAAAUUCUUAAAGGAAACCGGUCAUACUUUUUAUACAGUUACUUUUUGAAAAAUAAAUUGUUUGUAAAAUCUUUAAAAAUGCGACUUUAUAAAACUAUUGUCAGAUCAAUUGUGGCAUAUGCAAGUGAAACCUGGACAAUGACCAAAAGAGAUGUAAAUGACCUACUGAUGCUUGAACAAAAGGUCCUGAGAAGAACAAUGUGACCGAUUAAUGAUAGAGGCGAAUGGAGAAAAUGGAAUGGAAAAAUCAUUAAGGGGGAAAAUACUGUUCGCUUUAUGAGACUGCAGCGCCUCUCAUGGCUGGGAGAGACAAUAAUUACGGCUAGAAAAAGAUAAUCAACUGCACUCCUUUGGAAACCAGGCCCAAAGGCCGCCUAAGAAAAAGGUGGAAGAACGACGUUCUUGAAGAUUU